AUGGUGUUAAUUAUUACACCUAUUUCAAGUUGCCAGUUGCCAUAUUCUAAAGAAUCAAAGCUGUAUUCAAAGAGUGAGUCUGGUCGUACAGAUCAAAAACAAGAUCGUGUUUAUCGAUUAACUGAAGAAAUUUUGGCAUUAAUUGAAGAAAUGAGGUUAAAACAUGAAGCAGAAAUUAAUCUAUCAAAACAACUUAAUAUAGAACCUGAAUUUGCAAAAGCAAGAUAA